AUGUUGCAGUUUCUCAAGAAGACAGGUCGAAGAAAAUCUAUCACAACCGGUAACAGCAGCGAAUCAUCUUUAGCAUCGAUACUGAACAAUGACCCAACGACGACAACGAUACCAUCAUCACUCAGAACAUCCGAUGAUGUCAUCGAUGGUGCAAAAUCACCUGAAACAGAUGAGGAGGCGCUAAGACUAGCGGAACGGUACUGCUUCGAGAAGCGAGAUACUGCCGCGCGUGUUUCGAAACUUUCGCGCCGUAUGAUUGACAUUCUGGCGGAGCAGAGUUGCAUCUGCUACUUUGUUCAGUUUCUGGAAUCGAAAAAUGCUCUUUCAUUGAUUAAGUUUUGGCUAGAGGUGGAAAGCUUCAAGGCGGCAGCAUCAGAAAGUGUACGAGGCGUGCUUCGAUCGUCUGGCGGUUCUACUCACGCUCAUGGCCGAUUGCACCGUAGUGUCUCCUCCGAUGGGUACGAUAGUCUAUCGUAUUUCAGCAUAGAUUGUGAUUCGUUAUCAACGAACUCGUUUUCUGAAAAUGCCUUCGAAGACUCACAGUCGGCGGACGAUGUACGGGAGCUUGAUUCGCGUACGUCGCAAAGCUGUACGCCGGUUCCACCUCCAACACCGCUGGAAGUGCUGGAAGAGGUAGAUAUUAAGGAUGAUGCGUCCGAGGAUGGGGUGGCGAUAGUGGAACAAGACCACCCGGUUGGAAAAGAAUCAAGAGGCAAACACCUGGAAGUCUGUGAUAUAACCGUCAUGCGACAGUCGCUAACCGAUGACGAAAAAACACAAAUCUGUGAAGCGGGUAAAGGGACGACGAUGGAGGCAAUGCCCGCUGCGUCAGUGACGAAAGCAACGUCCACCAUUAAUCGGCCCUUUAACUCGCUCAUCAACUCGGACGCUGUGAGAAUAUAUCGGAAGUAUUUGAUCACAAAUUCACCGCACUGCAUUGAAAUGCCGGCUACCAUAUUGUCCAACAUUUCGCUAGCGCUGUGCAGUAGUGGGACGUGCAGUGAGAUGAUCUUCAACGAAGCUCAGCACUUUCUGUUGGAGAUGUUAGAACAAAACUAUCUGAACCCAUUCCUGGAGAGUUCCUUCUACUGCAAGUACACGCUGGAGGUGCUAACAAGCGAUAACCUUACGUUGAGAGACAUUCUCGGGAGCGAAAUGGCGCUGUUCUACUUUAUGGAACACCUAGAGCAGCAAAGCAAGCGCCACUAUCUAGAGUUCUACGUUGGAGCGGUACACUUUAAACGUUCGUUCGAAAAUCAAGUUCAAGCACAAAAGGAUGCGGUCGUUCUGUAUGAGAAAUAUUUUUCCCUACAGGCCACCAGCUCGCUCGGUUUAAGCGAUAAGAUACGCUUUCUGCUCGAGGAACAUAUCUGCUCGGCCGAUCCGACCAUCGUGGCGGAAUGCUUCGAGCUUCCGGUGCGAAUUAUUGAACAAUUUCUCGAGCAGCGUUACUUUGCCGGGUUCAUUAAAUCUCAGCUUUACUGUCGGUUUAUUAGCGAGCUGCUUGGAAAGGUGAAGACGAGCACAAGCAGCGAUGUGAGUGGGAUACUUCCCGGUGGUCGUGCGGCCGAACAACGGACCGGUAUGAACAGUGGAGCCAAACGAGGCCAUCGGAAAACGCUCUCGGACGUAACGAGUGACGCCAGUGCGGGAGGUGGACGACGUGGAACCACGGUUGCGUUUAUUUCCUCGCAAAACACACUGCUCGCCAUGUCCGACACAAACUAUCAACGAAACCGCAAACAUUUGGUAGCCGUUGCACUUGCUGCCUCGAAUGGACCUUCCGGUGGUGGUGGAAUUGGUAGCGGGUCUGUAGGUGGUGGUGGUGGUGAUAUUAUGCAGAUCGAUUCCCGUCAGUUGUACAAUCCGGAUCUUUUGUGGCGUCGGAAUUCGCCCGUCGCCGGUCUAACGUUCGGUCGGAUUGAUGCGCUCGGUCGGUACGAGCGAGAUUUCGACAUCGCCGAACCACCGUCGGGUGAUGACCGUUGGAAUCGCAACCGGAUCAAGAAAGCGGUACGAAAACUUGUUAACUUGCCGGAAGACAAGGCACAGGAAGAGCUGGCCUGGCAGGUGGCCGAGAUGAUUGUAAAAGACAUUACUAACGUUACCAUGAACAGUAAGACGUGA